AUGUUUAUAAAAGUAUUGUUGACUUUGGGUCUGUUCAAUAUAAACUUAUAUGGAAUUUACGCGAUGACGGCAGACCAAAAGGCGAUGAUCCAUGCGCAUUUUGAAAAAAUCGGAGCGGAAUGUAUCAAGGAACAUCAAAUAUCUGUGGACGAUAUAAAAAACUUGAGAGCUAAGAAGUUGCCAACGGGCGAAAACGCUCCAUGUUUCCUGUCUUGUGUAUUGAAGAAAAUCGGCGUUAUGGAUGACAAAGGCAUGCUUCAAAAGGAGUCAGCCAUGGAAUUAGCGAAAAAAGUCUUCAAUGAUGACGAAGAGCUUAAAAUGGUUGAAGAUUAUCUUCAUUCCUGUUCCCAUAUAAACGGUGAAAGUGUAAGUGAUGGUGAAAAGGGCUGUGAGCGCGCAAUCCUUGCUUACAAGUGCAUGUCUGACAAUGCAUCACAGUUUGGCUUGGAGAUGUGAGUUCGUUUCUUCAUCCUACUCGUUUCAAUAUUCAAUUUGU